UUAUAUACACCUUCAUACCAGGCUGAGGAAAAGGCUGCAAGGCAAGCUGCUAGGGGAUGGCUGACUACUCCAUACGGAAAUACAACAAGGGAGAUUAUGAAGCUGUCCGUGACUUAUUUGCCCAAGGAAUGUUGGAAUACAUUCCGGGCACUACCUCCUACAUGCUGAAGCUACCCCAAGUCUAUUGCCCCAUCCUGGCUUCAUCCAUCAUAUUGCAGUUGUUUUUUCAGUCCUUCUUCCUGUCUCUUUUGGGUGUCGGGAUAGCCGUGGCUGCAGUUCAUUUAAUCUUGACAUUUGCAUGUAAAAAAUUGAUAAAGCAAUGUCACAACGGAGAUUUACGAAACGUUCAAGAGACCUAUAUCUGGAAACCCAACUCCUGCUUCUGGGUAGCCGAGUCAGGCGGUCGGAUUGUGGGGAUGGUGGGAGCCCAGCCUGCCCCGAACUCCAACAACGACAUGACACUACGACGAUUGUCCGUGGCUAGAGACCAGCAGCGCCGAGGGAUUGCCAAGGCCCUCUGCACGACGGUUUUUGAUUUUGCUCGCCAUCGAGGAUAUAAGCGUGUCGUUCUAGAUACAUCAACUUUCCAAUUCACUGCUCAUAAACUGUAUCAAAAGUUGGGUUUUACAAUCAAAAAAAUAAUACCGAGCAAAAGUAGACUGGGAAGAUUUGCAAAAAUGUCUGUGGUGUUCUACAGCUAUGAUUUCUAGGUGUGAUAACAAAAG